AUGUCAUCUGAAAGUGAAAGUGAUGAUGACUAUGUGCCAGUAGAACAAGAAAAACUAUCAGAAGAGGAAUCAGCUGAUGAGGAGACAGAACAACAAUAUGACAAUGAAGUUGAAACAGUUAAGAAAAAGCGGAAACGUGCACCACCAAGUAAAGGAAAUAAGAGAUCAAAAGUAAUAGAACAAAAGAGCGACGACGAAACUACUGUACCUGAAACUAACAUUGCUAAGCCUGAAGAAGAGAAGAAAAGAGAAGAAGAUCUAUGGGCGCAGUUUCUAGAAGGUACAGACUCUAAACCAAAAUCUAAAACAGAAGAAAUUGUUACUCAGCCAGAAAAAAUUGUUCAAAAAGAUAGUAUAGAGACUAAAAAAAGUGAUACAUCCAGUUCUCAAUCGGAUAAUGAACGAGAAAAGCGAAUUUUUGAAUUUGCAGGCGAAACAAUUGUAGUCGAAAAUAAUGUGAUAAAGGAAAGGGUAAAGACAGCAGAGAAACCAGCUUCAGUAUUGAACGACAGUCCAGCCCCCAAAGCAAGAAGUGCAGGUGGUCUCUCUAGUAUUGUUGGACAACUGAAUAAGAAGAACAAACUCUCUACUCUGGAAAAGUCCAAAUUAGAUUGGAAUACUUAUAAGAGAGAGGAGGGAAUCGAAGAGGAAAUCACAAGUCACAAUAAAGGAAAAUCUGGGUACUUGGAUCGGCAAGAUUUCUUAAGCAGAGCAGACGUUAGACAGUAUGAGAUUGAACGGGACUUGCGCAUGAGUCGACGUAGUAACCGAUAA